CACGUCAUCCAACAUGUCUGACAAUCCGGCGGGAAAAGUUGUCUGAGGCGGUUGUGGUGAAUUCCGUCUGUAAAAAUAAAAAAAGAAUAAUUAUCUAUUUUUCUAAUUAUAAAUAAAAAUAAGCAUGGAUCCCUCAGAAGUGGAAUUUCUCGCCGAAAAGGAAAUGGUGAAGAUUAUCCCGAACUUUAGUCUCGAUAAAAUCUAUUUAAUCGGGGGAGACCUGGGGCCGUUUAACCCGGGGCUGACGGUGGAGGUGCCCGUGUGGUUGGCGCUUAAUCUGAAACAGAGACAGAAAUGCAGAAUUGUUCCUCCGGAGUGGAUGGACGCUGAUAAACUGGAGGAGAUCCGAGAGCAGGAGAGAAGAGAAGACACCUUCACCCCGAUACCCAGCCUUCAUUACAUGGAACUGACCAAGUUACUACUGAACCAUGCAGCAGACAACAUCCCGAGAGCAGACGAAAUCCGGACUCUGGUCAAAGACAUCUGGGACACUCGCAUCGCAAAACUGCGUCUGUCCGCCGACAGCUUCAUCAACCAGCAGGAGGCUCACGCCAGACUGGAUAACCUGACUCUGAUGGAGAUCAACACCACUCGCACAUUUCUGUUGGAUUCUCUGAACUGCAUGUACAAACUGCGCUCCAACCUGCAGCCGGGCUCAGGCUCGGGAAAAGCUCACGAUUACUAACGAGCACCACCAGGACUUUCACACAAGACGUUUGGGCAGCUUUAAUAAUAUCCAUCACGGCUGUUCCUCGAUGUCCAUGUCAGCUUCACUCGCUGCUCGUCGAGGGACUGUUAAGCCGCAGGACCGUACGAUGUGUACAAUAUGUUUCACUUUGUGUCUAUGAGGGAAAUGUUCUGUUACCUUGAGUGCGAGUUGUACAGUUACUCCAUAUUGUGCGUUCGCUUUGGAUUUUGUUGGGAAAAACUCAUUUGAAUGUCGGGUAUCAGUGAAAUUGCAGCUCGUGGAGUAAAUACAUAUGUACAAUAUUAAUUGUAUGAAUGUUCACUAUAUGGACAAAAGUUUGUGGACACCUGACCAUCAGAAUGAUCUGCUUCAUUUAGUCUUUAUUCAGUUAUAAUAAACUCCACGUUUUAGAGUUUAGAGCUCAAUAGCAUCUGACACGUGUAUCUUCAUGGGGCACAGAGGCAAUGUCCUGCUGGAACAGGUUUUAGGUCUCCCAGUUCAAGUGAAGGAAGUUUCAUUCUACAGCAUCCGAAGACGUCCUGUACAAUUGUGUGCAGUAACAGUUUGAGGAAGAAGCACACAUGGUUUAAAAUGUUAGGUGUCCCAAAACUUUUGCUCAUAUAGUGUAGGUUAGUACUCGUUUGCCCUCUACUGGACAUUACUGAGCAACUGCAGCAUUGCAAUGUAAAUAUUUUAGUUUAUAAAGGGGGUAAACACAAGGUAUAAUUCAUGCUGGGGAGGAAAAGAAAAGAUAAAAAAUCAGCACAAAGCACA